AUGGGUAGCAUCGCGAACAAACAUGAGCUGGACAAAAGUCCCAAGCGCUUCCUGCCCUCUAUAGCAACCAUGUCCAUGGGCUCGCCGGCCCACGCGCUGGAUACGAAGCUCAAGGCCGCUGCGUCCAAGGGCUUUCUCGGCAUAGAACUCUACUGGGAUGACUUGCACGCGUACUCUUUCCUGUUGGGGAAUCAGGUCUCCGAUGCAGGAGAAACGGCGGCGUCGAGACGACGGGCCCUGCUCUGCGCGGCUUCUGAAGUCGCAAAGUUGGCGGAGACGCUUGGCCUGCGGAUUAUUUCGCUGCAGCCGUUCCGGAACUUUGACGGCCUGCGGAAUAGGGAGGUUCGGAGGCAGCGCGUGGAUGAAUUUAAGCUCUGGUUGGCGGUGGCGAGGGAACUUGGCACGGAUACGAUUGGCGUGCCGAGCACGUUGCCUACUGUUCGGGGGGAAGAUUACACGGGUGAUGUUGAAGCUGCGGCGGAGGACUUGAGGCAGUUGUGUAGGCUUGCGAAGGAGGAGGGCAUACGGGUUGCGUAUGAGAAUUUGUGUUUUGCGGCAUAUGUUCAGGACUGGGAGGAGGCGUGGGAGCGGAUCAGGCUGGCUGGUGAGGUUGGGAACUUGGUCUUCCUGCCGGAUACGUUUAAUCUCUGUGGAAGGAGGUACAUGGAUCCCGAAGAAGAAAGUGGACGAGCGGCACAUGCGUCUGCGAACCUGCAGGCUUCGUUGGAGAGGCUUGUGGAUGUGGUGCCCAUGUCGAAGAUGCCGAUACUGCAGGUCGCUGAUGCGGAGAGGCUGGAGGUACCGCUUACCGAGGACCAUCCGUGGCGGAAGGAGAGCGGGUUGGUGCCGCUGAUGGCACUCAGUCGGAAUGCCAGGUUGUUCCCCUUUGAGAAACGGGGAUACCUGCCGAUUUUGCACGUUAUUCAGAUCCUCGCGGAGGCUGGCUGGGAAGGUUGGGUCAGCAUGGAGGUGUUUACGAGGACGGCGGCGGUGCCUGGAGAGAGGACGAUUUGGGAGCAUGCGGAUAGGGCGUGGAGGAGCUGGCAGAAGUUGGCGGAUUCUAUGGGCUGGGCUGUUCGGCCGGAGAUGUAG